AUGGCCCUCCCGCCGAAGGUUUACACUUGGCUGUGCGGCCUGUUUGCGGCACUCGGGUCUGUGACCUUCGGUUACGAUCUGGGUAUCAUCGCUUCUGUCCUGCCUUCGGAGGAUUUCCUCGAGACCACAGGUCACCCGGAUGCGACAGCGCAAGGUCUGAUCGUUGGAUGUCUACUGCUUGGCGCCUUCGCUUCGAACGUGUAUGUGGGGAGCCUCGCGGAUAUGAUUGGACGGCGUGCCUCCAUCCUGGCAGGUUGCGUCGUCUUCCUCCUUGGGGGGUCCAUUCAAGCUGGCGCGCAAAAUAUCCACUACAUGUAUGGAGGGCGAUUCCUUGCAGGAAUGGGGAUCGGCAUGCUAGCGAUGCUUGCGCCGUUGUACCAGGCUGAAAUCGCGCACCCGAGCAUAAGAGGCCGUCUCACCACGCUGCAGCAAUUCAUGCUAGGUAUUGGUGCGCUCAUUGCGUCGUUCAUUGGAUAUGGGUCCUACCACGGUUUGGGUGGGCAGGCGCAGUGGAGGCUACCUCUGGCCAUUCAGUUGACGCCGGCAAUACCUCUUGCCUUCUUCAUUUUGCUCCUUCCCGAGAGUCCUCGUUACCUUGCUAUGAAGGGCAGGGAUGAAGAGGCUCUGCGCGUCCUCGCGCGCCUGCACGCACACGGCGACGUCCACGAUCCCUUCGUCGUUAGCGAGCACAAAGAAAUCCUAGCACAGGUGAAAAUCGAGCAGCAAGAAACGCGCGAUGCUUGGAGUCAGCUGUUCGGCAGCAAGAGCAACUUCCGUCGUCUCCUCCUUGGUGUUGCGAUUCAAUUCAGUAUUCAGAUGACAGGCGUGAGCGUCAUCCAAUACUACUCCCCGCUCAUUUUCCAGAGCAUCGGCAUCGACACCUCGACGACGCUGGGGCUACAAGCCGGGAACUCGGUCAUUGCGCUCAUCGGCGAGGCGUUGUGCAUCUGGUAUAUCGACCGCCUUGGCCGCCGCGGUCCGUUCAUCUGGGGCAAUGCGCUCUCGGGCUUCACCUUUGUGAUCGGCACGAUCAUCAUCGCCAUCUUCCCUGCCUCAACGAACAAUCAUAAUGCGAGCAGGGCAUUCGUAGCUAUGACAUGGUUGUUCAAUCUAGUCUUCUCUUCGUGUCUUGGGCCGCUGUCCUGGGCGAUUCCGGUCGAAAUGUUCAACAGCGCCACUCGCGCCAAGGCCACCGCUAUGACAUCUUCGGCCGCAUGGAUAUCCAACUUCAUGAUUGCUCAGGUGUCACCGCCCGCAUUUGGCUCAGUCGGUUGGAAGUACUACAUCGUGUUUGCCAUCUGCGGCUUCAGCAACGCACUAUUUUUCUGGGCAUUCCUCCCAGAGACAAGGGGUAUUCCCCUGGAAGAGCUGGAUGCCUACUUCGAGACCGUUCCUAUCUUCGUUCCAGGCUCUGGUGUGUAUGUUCCGGAUGCUACGACUCGCGAAGAGGAGCUCCGCCAGGGCAAAAUCAUGGUCCGCGAGGGUGCCGAUUCGGACAUUGGCGACGAGAAGGAGAAGGGGACGAUCGAGCACGUCGCAUGA